GUAAAUAAAUCAAUGAGAGUAAAAUCAAUAGGCGUUUGUUGAAACUUUUUUUUUUUUUCAUCAUUUCGUCACAAGUUGAAGACUCGAAUUCAGUACAUAUUCUGGAUAAAUCCCAUCACGUGGGAGCCGACGAGGCUUGAUGAGUACGUGGACGAUCGUCAGUGGGAACCACGCGGUUGAGCAAAUUGUCCUUGCCGAGGCUGUUGGCACCUAGCAUCUGGUUAAAUCACUUGGCUACAUCGCUGGCAUAACAAUAACCGUUGUCAUAAUAAUCAUUUGAAUUUUACUGGACGAUGAGGAUUCAACGGAGACGGUGGUGAGAGGGGGAAUUCAAUCACGCGGUCGACAUAAAUUUUCAGCGUCGUUUUUUUUUUGUUUUUCGAUUUUUUGAAUAAUUUUUUUUCGGCGAAUAUUGCGAAUAUUAAUCGAGUGGGGUAUCUUGAUAUGACGAGUGAGAUGAGCCGCUGCCGCGAGGCAUCAUCGCUCGGCGACGUGGUCAGUUAGCCGUCCCGUUGUCCAUCAGUUGCCAAUUAAUUAACUCGGGGGUUGAAACUAAUGAACAAAUUAUUGUUUUGUACGAGUGAUUUUUGUGAACUUGUGCGUUAUUGGUAAUUGAGUCGUGUGUCAAUUGAAUGGAAAUUCAACGAUUGAAUGAUUCAAGUGGUUGAUUAUUUGAAUUAUUUAUUGCAUUAAACUUGGGGGAAAAAGCGUGAGUGUGAGGAUAUUUGAAUUGAUAAAUUCAGCAUCUUAACCGGCGAUCCGCAAGUACGCGGAAUCAAAAGCAGGCAGCGUGGAGCGCUCACCGAUAGUGUGGCCGCGUGCCGCGGACCUUUGCUUCUAUCAACCAGGUUGUGCAUUUUUGACCUACUAUAGCCGUGACAGUGCAAUCAGCGCCCAGAACGCUCUGCAUGAGAAGCGGACUUUACCAGGGGGUGUGACGGGCGACCGGCUGGCCGGGGGCGCCGCACACCUCCUCCAUCUCUUCUUCUUCUUGCCACGACCACAACACACAAUGUAACAACAACUCAACCACUCCGCGUGAACCACGUUCUCAAUGUACUUAAUGUGAUGAACCGUCCUAUUCAAGUCAAGCCGGCGGACAGUGAAAGCCGCGGAGACAGAAAGCUGUUCGUGGGAAUGCUCAGCAAACAACAGACCGAAGACGAUGUACGACAGUUGUUCACUGCCUUUGGUACAAUAGAAGAGUGCACUAUACUACGUGGACCCGACGGUACGAGCAAAGGUUGCGCAUUCGUGAAAUUCCCGUCGCAUCAGGAAGCACUGGCGGCAAUAAACUCAUUACACGGCAGUCAAACUAUGCCGGGUGCCUCAUCCAGUCUAGUGGUAAAAUUCGCAGACACUGAGAAAGAGAGACAACUCCGGCGAAUGCAGCAAAUGGCCGGAAACAUGAAUAGCCUCCUCAAUCCCUUUGUAUUUAAUCAGUUUGGACCUUAUGGUGCUUAUGCUCAGCAGCAAGCAGCACUCAUGGCUGCAGCGACUGCUCAGGGUACCUAUAUUAAUCCAAUGGCAGCACUAACCGGACAAUUGCCCCAUGCGGCAUUAAAUGGCAUGCCAAAUUCCGUUGUUCCACCCAGUUCCGGUACUGGUACAGGACAACCAGUCAACGGUACAAUACCAUCGUUACCAUCGCCGACAAUGCCAAACUUCAAUAUGGCGGCACAAACACCAAAUGGACAGCCGGCCGGCUCAGAUCCUGGUGUUUAUACGAACGGAAUACCGCAGACCUAUCCGGGACAUGCCCUCCAUCUGUCCAUUCCAGCUCAAGGUCUGCCCAACGGGGAGGCCACCCUCCAGCACGCCUACAGUGCUGGAAUUCCGGCAUAUCCCGGUGUCGCUUAUGGCGCCGUCUACGGCCAGUUUCCCCAGGCCAUACCUCAGCCGAUGACAGCGGUUGCACCGACGCAGAGAGAAGGAUGCUCUCUGUCAGGACCCGAGGGCUGUAACCUGUUCAUCUACCACCUGCCCCAGGAGUUUGGUGAUACUGAGCUGAUGCAGAUGUUUAUGCCAUUUGGCAGUGUUAUCUCAUCAAAAGUAUUCAUCGAUCGAGCGACUAAUCAAAGUAAAUGCUUCGGUUUCGUGUCAUUUGAUAAUCAAGCGAGUGCACAGGCGGCGAUUCAGGCGAUGAACGGCUUCCAAAUAGGGAUGAAGCGACUAAAGGUACAAUUGAAGAGGCCCAAGGACACCAAGCCGUACUAACCCACGACCUAGCCUAGAUAUCCUGGCCGGGUCACGCCCUACGUCACUGGUUGUAGAACCACGAAUGAAAAUGGGUGCCCAUUGGACGCUCGACGAUCAACCGUGAAGAGUACGAAUCAUCGCAACAAUACUCUUCACCGUAACAAUCUAGUAUACUAGUUAGUUAAUUCUCUAGAGAUUAAAUAUAGCAAGUAUCAAGCUGAACGAGAGAGGUUAUCUCUAAUUAUGGACGCCUCCGACAGAGGGCUUGCCGGCAAUAGAAAGAGGAUACAGAGGAACAUAAUAACCAUAACCAAAUAAACUGAAGAAUGUCUGAACUAUCCACGUUAAAUAUCGCCAUAAUUCUGGAUAAAUCGAGGAGAAUUCCGAAAGUCAUUCGUCUUAUCCAUGAGGACAAUCGACAGGGGUAAGUGGAGUGGAAAAUAAUUCGUCUAGUUGACGUUUUUCCUCCAUGGGCAUCGCACAAACAAGAAUAAUUGAAAAUAAACCGAAGGAAAAAAAGACGAAAUCCAGAGAAUAAAAAAUCCACUACAGGAUAUUGAACAAAAUACAGAACUAUUCUCACGAUACGCAUAUAAAUAAAUAUAAAUAUACAUAAUAUAUUAUACAUAAUAAUAUAUAAUUAUACAUCAAGUUUAAAAUAUCGAGGUAGUAGGUUUUAUAUACCACGAUAGGAAAAAUUUAAAAAAAACCACAAACUGGUAGUUUGUAGCCAACGGCGUCGCGUCCUCAAGCUCGUUUUGAAAGAGAAGUGUAUCCUCUCAAGUGCGUUCUUUCUUCGGUAAUGGAUCAUGAACGCAAUGUCUCUCAAACUGACUCCAUACACUGUCAAAAGAUUUUUCCAAUCACUUGACCACAAAUAAAAUUUCCAAAAGCUAUUUUUCAAAUUCAUAUCGAUUCAGUCAUUAGCGCAGACGUGGGGCGUGAUAUAUUAUUUGAAUUAACCAAAGAAAACUAGUCCAAAAAUAUGGAAAUAGAGAGAUCACGUUCGUUCGAUCGAGCAUAAUAAUGUCGAAAGAGAAUAGUAUAAUUAAAAUAAAACCAAAUAAUGACGUCCAAUAAAUCACUGUCGGGUUGGUAUCUCUCGAGGAAUUGCAAUCAGGCUGUGAAAAAUGUAAAAAAACGAGGGAUAAAAACGAUAAGUGGAGCAAUGCCCGUUGAAAUUCAUUUUUUAUUUCAAUUGAAUAAAUGAUUCAAUGAAGAUUUUGAAAAAUCUCAAAUCUUUCAA